AUCCUGAUAUUAUUUAUACAAUGUUUUCUUUACUUCUUGCGAGAAAUGUUUCGUUUUUAUCAAUUCCAACAGCUGCAAGACUCUCAAUGUCAUAUAUCAGUGGUAAGAGAAGUUUGGCGUACUAUAAGACACCGAACGUUGCACUGAAAACACCCAAACAGUCUCUACAACUGCAAAACCUUGUUUGUCAUACGGGGAGGCGUGGGUUUACGUCGUUACUGACCGCGGUAAUCGGUGGCGCGGCGGUGCGGUACUCGUGGUUCAAGCUGCCGCCCGAGACGAGACGGCGGUACGCGAAUGCGGCCAGGACAUACCGCUUGGCCAUCGUCGCAGCCGGUCUGUGCCUGAUCGGAACGUUCCUGUCGCGUUGCAUGGAAUUUGACCCGUGGACGGACCUGUGGCGGCUGUUCUUGUUCAGCGAACGGACGGUCCAGGCGCUCGCCGACAAAGAGGUGGCUGCUGUUCUGGCCUCGAUGACGGAAAAGUGCUGCCUUCUGGAGACGGAACACCCCACGUACAGACGAGUGGCCGGCGUCAUGUCUCGGCUGCUGUACGCCAACAACGGGGUGGACGAGAUCCGGAACCGCCGGUGGAGUUUGGUGGUGGUGGACCACCCGGCGGUCAACGCGUUCGUCUUGGCCAGCGGUUUCAUUUUCGUGUUCUCCGGACUGGCGGCCGUGGCCAACGACGAUCAGCUGUCGAUAGUUGUCGGCCACGAGCUGGCCCACGUCGUGCUACGGCACACGAACCACAUCAACAGCGUCAACUUUGCGGUGCACCUGUUGUGCUUGACACCUGUGUCCGUGGUCCUGUCGGUCGCGCUGCCGUUCCUCGAGGCGAUGUUGGCGGUCAUGGUGUGUCGACUCGUCCUAUACGUGUGCGUGGGGCUGACGAAGUCAAGGUCCCUCGAGACCGAGGCCGACGCCCUCGGCUUUUUGCUGGCCGCCAACGCAUGUGUAGACGUCACCCAGGGUUACCUGUUCUGGGAGACCAUGUCCGAAAUCGAAGGGCCGUCCACCCUGACCUGGUGGCUGGAAACGCACCCGACAAACGAAAUCCGGGGCCGACACAUUCACAGCUUGAUACCGGCCGCCGUGGAGCUCCAGAAACUGGCCAAAUGCUAGAUCUCGUCGCGUUUGGCCUUAUAUGCCAGUAGGAUGAUUUGGGGGAUUCAAAUACAACCACCUAACCACCUUCGACCACCCUUCACCACCUAGCCGCAGUCAACUACUUUUAUAAAAAAUAUCAGGAAUCGGGAGUAUGGAUAAUUAUAUUGACUUUCUGGCGUCAACUAAACGUGAUUUACACAUUAUACUUUCCGAACGCAUACAAUUUAAAGCGAUUAAAUUUAAUUUUAAACUAGAGGUGACAUAUUAUAAUAGACGCAACGUCGAAAAUUCGUUUGAUAAUAGAGCUUUUAAGACCUCGGCCAAGGCGGUUUUCGCAGACUCAGAUUUAAAUAAAAUAAUUGAUGAGGCGUUCGCAAAUCUAUUAAUCACUGAAGAAAAUUAUCGAUCGAGGGGGAGUGGUUAUGCGCUCGAAUCUAUCAAUGGAUUAUUAUUAACAGUAUAUAUAUAAAUAUGAGCCCAUGGGUGAAAAAUUAUUGGGCAAAUCAUUGAGGACACACAAAACAAUAAUAAUAAUAUUGAUAUGAAUAACGUGAUCGACUUAUCCCCUCAAAAUAAUAUCGUUAACAACGUUGAAAAUAAUGUGAAUAAUAUCAAUGAGAAUAAUAAUGUACAAAAUCUCAAUAAACAGAUUAAUAAUUUUGCUCCGACAAAUCACUCGUCAUUCAUCAAACCGGAUUUUAAACUUAACAAACUGGCUAUAAUAAACCCUCAAAAUAAUGAUAUUAUGAUGUGUUUUAAAUGGUCUAUUCUGACGAAGCAUGUGAAUACUCGUGUUAUUAUUAAUACGCUAUUACGAAAUUUGUUAUCUUCGUUAGAUUCAUGUUUAAUUGAAAAAGAUAAUGUAAAGUUGCAAUAUAUUUGUGAUGAUUUUAAUAUUAAUCUUUUAUCUAAUAACUUAGCUUGUGUAGAUUAUUUGAAUAUUAUGGCUAUUUAUCAGUUUUUCUCGUGUAUAAAUGGUAUUAC